UUUCGAUAAAUCUGCGGUCACACUGAACGCAUAAAUCUGAAAACGAGAGUUUUUUUUCUAGUUUUAUUUGACUUUUUGAAACUUAAAAUAAGCUAAAAAUGUCUCGACAGGCCACCAGACUUGAUGCCAAGAAAGUGAACUCAGAGUUCCUGACACUCACCUAUGGGGCGCUGGUCACCCAAAUGCUGCGCGACUUUGAGAACGUCGAGGAUGUGAACAAGCAGCUGGAGCGCAUUGGCUACAACAUGGGCAUGCGACUGAUCGAGGACUUUCUCGCCCGCACCUCGGCGCCACGUUGCCUGGAGAUGCGCGAGACGGCCGAUCGCAUACAGCAGGGAUUUCGCAUUUACUUGAACAUUCAGCCCACCAUCUCGAAUUGGUCGGCGGCCUCCGAUGAGUUCUCGCUGCUCUUUGACUCCAAUCCGCUGACAGAGUUUGUGGAGCUGCCCGCGGAUCUGACCAAUCUGCGCUACAGCGCCAUACUCAGUGGCUGUGUGCGCGGUGCCCUGGAGAUGGUCCAGUUGGAGGUGCAGUGCUGGUUUGUGCAGGAUCAACUCAAAGGCGACAAUGUGACGGAGCUGCGCGUUAAGUUCGUGCGGCGUCUAGAGGAGGUCAUACCAGCUGGCGAGGAUUAGAAAACGAAGUGUGGAUCAGAGCGUAUAUUAAGAGUUUUAAGAGGGUUCAAUAAAAGCACAUUCUUUACGGAUUAAAGCAGCAAACUAUGUACUACAUUCCGGAGCAGCAACAGCGGCAGGAGCAGCAGCAGCAGCAGGAACAGCAUCAGCAAUAAUAAUUCUAUUAAAUUUGGUUUAGCUUUUAUGUUUUAUUCGACUGUAUACAAAUGUUUUCUUCUCGGAUAUAUAUAUAUAUAGAUAGAGUACAGUGGAAAAUAU